AUGGCUCUAGUACCUGUUGUGAAAGUUGUUGAUUUAUAUCGUCAUGAUCAACUCGAAGAUGGUUAUGGAAUUGAAUGGAUUGGCGGUGGAAAUGAGGAUGAACAUCAACAACAACCAGAAACGAUUUCUGUUCGAUCUGUACAAACAAAUUGUGAACAUUUACCAACACAAAUUAGACGAUCUCUUUCUAAAAUUUUACCUGGUGAUGUUGUGGUGGAGUUGAACGGAGUUAGCACAGUGAAUAUGGGGAUGAGAGAAUUCAUCAAGAAUUUAAAACUAUCGGGAAGUCGAGUUCGAAUUCGAUUGAAAUCAGACUAUAGUGGUUAUUCCAGUCCAACUUGUCAAUAUUAUAUAAAUAAUUCACAUCCACCAUCAUGGCAUUCUCCAUCAUCGUUAACUCAAUCCGAAGACAAUGAUGAAACAUUGUCUGAUAACGAUUCUAUCCCAUUACAAUCAUUAUCUCAUUUAACAAAUGGUCAUUCUUCAAAUGAUUGUAUUCCACAACAAAAGCAACAACAUCAACAACAUUCAAAAUUAGCUUAUAUACAAUCAACAACAACGAAAUCAUCUGACUUUUUACCAUUAACAAAUGCUCAACAAUAUGUGGGUUUAAAUGGAUCUCGUUCAUGUGAUUAUAUAGAUUCUGGUGAACUAUUUAUUGGAAAUAGUUCAUUAUCUAAAAAUAAUAAUCAACAUCACAGUUGUGCAGACAUAAUUACACAGAAUAAUGAAAAAAAUAAUCAUAUUUCAGAGAAAUCAUUAACAGAUAUAAUUACUACUCCUUUGGUACCCAUGUCUGAUAUGUGUACAUAUAUUCAAUUAGAACAACAUAGCGGCUCAAAUUCGACAGCUGAUUAUGAUAAUAUUGAAAAUAUAACCGGAUUAGAGUCACAAUUAAUUGCAAAUGGUCCUAAUAAUAGUGCAGAUGAUAAACAACAUCAACAGCAACUCCUCUAUUCUGGUCUUUCUCCACCAUCGAUACAACGUUUAGCCCAAGGUCAAAUAUUUCAAGAAUUAGAUCAAAAAACCAAACAACAAAUUGAUGAAAGAUUAAAACAUUUAGAAGAAGACGAAGAUAAUCAUGAAAAUCAUUCUCCAAUAACAUCCGAAGCCGUGAAUAAAUCUGUUGAUUUACCAUCUGCAUGUCGAUUGGCGAAACGUUUGUAUUUAUUGGACGGUUUUAAAUCCACGGAUGUUAUGAGACAUUUAUGUAAAAGGUAUUUCAUGUUAGAAUAG